UUCAUUGCUCUUAAUAGACAGAAUGAUUACAAAAAAUUCAAAAUUAAAAUCUUUCCAAAACCACCAUUAGAAUAUUCUAAAAAUUGCAUAAAAAUCAAUCCACCUUUAAUUGAAAUUAACCACCAUUGAAUUUUCCUUUUCAUUAUAAAAAACAAAACAAAUUCAUCAGUGAGGGGGAUCACCGAAAACCACUACAACAACAUGCAGUUACCAUCACCAUUUUUCUAACAACAACAAAAAUUGUCUCAAACCACACCACUAAACCAUAAACAACCACCACCAAUUUCAAGACCUUUUAACAUCACAAACCUGUAAAUAUUUUCCAUCAAAUAAAUUUCAAAUUGAUUUAUCACUAUCAUUAUUUUGUUGUUGUUUGUUUUUGUUUGCUGUCCUUGUUAUUGCAGAAAAGGAGGAAAGAAGAAGCGGAAACAAUUUCUAAAACGGAUCCGAAACAACAAACACCGAAGCCCUAAUCGUACAUCCACUGCGGAACAAACCGUCCACCGCGACGAAAUCGCUCAGUGGAUCCGAGUCCACGUGAGCUACCUCGUGCCUCUGCAGAUCCGCGACCCUCUGUUUUUUGCGGAAACAAAUGUUGCGCCGUCAUUCGAGAAGGAAUCCACCAUCCUCCUCCUUCGUCAUUUGUGCCGUAGAAAUUCGAUCCGUUUUGAAUUCAUGGCUCCACCCAAACCCACAAACCCUUCUUCUAAAGAAAUUGUUGAAGAGGCUGUCCAACUUGCUCAACAUCGUUUGGAUAUGGCUCUACAAGACACACAAACUCAAAUGGAUGAAAGGUUUCACAUGGCAGCAGCUGAGUUGUCUCAACAAAUGGGUCAAGUUCACACAAGGUUUGAUAAUGAAAGACAAACUGCUAAUAUUAGGUAUGAUUCUAUCAUGUCUAUACUCCAUAAAAUUUCUGAACAAAGGGAAAACCCUCAAUCUGCUAUUGUUCACUCUGCUGCAAGUGGGUCAGGUAUCACACAACCCCCAUUUUCAUCCCCUAUGGUAAAUACUGCUGCAACACUCAUUAACACACCUGUCCACACACCACUUCAUACAGCUUUUAACCCCCACAUUUCUGUCACCCAGCCAACCGUACCUACCCCACUGCACCGCCAUACAGCACCCGAACCACCCCCACCACCACCGUUUCCACCAAACCCACAUUUACACCAAAACCACUCAGCUUUUAUCCCUAACCAGGAUUUUAACGCCACCCCUUUACAAUCUGUUUCAUACCAAACUUUGUCCCAACUUCCCCCUUUACCCACAUUUAGAUCUCCUAAGUUGGAGCUGCCUUUAUUUGAUGGAUAUAGCCCUUUGGAAUGGCUCUUUCAAGCUGAACAAUAUUUUAGUUUUUAUAAUUUACCACCAGAAAAUCGCUUGUCUUUAGUUUCCUUUUAUAUGAAAGGGGAUGCUUUGGGUUGGUUCAAAUGGAUGCAUCAAAAAUCCAAGCUCCCUAAAGUAAUAAUAAAGCAUCAUCAAAUUAACAUAAUCCUCUGCUCAUUUGGGAUACCCAAGCUCGAACAAAAAUCUAAUAUACUUUACAUAAAUGGAAUUUUGUUACUUGUCCUCAAGGAUUGUCCAACUAACCAAAUGUAGCAUAUAACUCAUGGUCACAAGUUCAUUCCUCUUAAGUGCCACUACUUGCAUAUAGACAUCUCACAGCCAUGCUAGUAAGAAAUGCACAUCCUUGUUCUUCAUAGUCUCCUUUAAGGCAUCUUGCUUAGUCACCCUCAAAAUCCCAUUUAUAAAUAUGGAAGUUAGGUUAUGAUUCAUUAAUGAAAGGCUUAGAAGUCUUUGAAUAAAGGAAUAUGAAAUAGAGAUGAGACGCCCUCUAGCAUGACCAUAAUAUCUUCAAAUGGUAUAGAGAAAGAAUUUGUAUUUCUAUACAACCUUUCCACAAACAUAGAAAUCAGCGGAAUCUAACAUGGUAAGAGAAAUGUCCAUUUAAGGCAUCAAACCUGAAUAAAUGGUGGUUCUUACAACCAGAAGAGACAUCUCCUCGAUAUAGAGUUUCUUCAACUCCAUAUCAUGGGGUAGACACGUUCAUUGUGUUGCAAUCCCAAAAGAUAAAUUAUAAAAAAAAGUCAUUUAAUUUAAUAAUAUUAAAAUAAUGAUAUAAUAGUAAUACGUUCCAUUCAUAUAACCUUAAUACGUGUGCGUGUGUGUGGUCUAGCGGUGAAACGCUUGGGUCUUGAGAGUGUGCUCCUCUCAAGGUCUCAGGUUCGAAACCCGCUAGAUACAAAUUGCUUAUUAAAAAAAAUAUAACCUUAAUACUACAUGAUCCAUAUAUUACAUCAAUAUUGUAGUGUUAGACGUAGUGUCAGAGAGUCCUCCAAAAAAUGUGACAUUGGCACCUCCUGUCCUUAAAAAAUUGAUUGUUUUACUUAUGAGUCAUCCAAUUUAAAAAUUUCACAAAUUUUGUAGAGACGUCAUAUCUACACCUAGAAGUGUUGUAUAAGAAUAUCCAAAAUUGGCCCAUGCAUGCUCAUUGAUUAUUAAUUGCACGAUCUAGUGUUGAGAUCGACCUAACAAUAACUAGAAGUAUCUGAACAAGGGUGGACAACAGGAAUGGUAGGGAGGUUUUGGGCCAAAAAACCUCACCCUAAUAGAACAAGAUUUAUUGCUACAAUAAGUCUCUAUGUUUUGACGAUAACAAUACAUAUAUUUUGUAUGUAACAAUUUAGUUUCUAAUAGUUUCUUGAGUGUGUAAAUAUG